AUGGAAGAAGAACAAGUUGUCCCUAUUCAACCAACCACUUCCUACUCUUUCUCCAUUAUUGCCUCCACUUCUGACUUCUCAACUGAAGAAGAAGAAGUCAGUGUUGAGAAUAACAAUAACAAGAAGAAGAAGAAGAAGAAGGAGGAGAAGGAGAAGGAGGUGGUGGAGAGAGAGAGUGAGGGGAAGCAUUCAAUGUAUCGCGGAGUACGCAUGCGUCAAUGGGGCAAAUGGGUAUCAGAAAUAAGAGAGCCAAAGAAGAAGUCAAGAAUUUGGCUUGGCACUUUUCCAACGCCAGAGAUGGCGGCUCGAGCCCAUGACGUCGCCGCUAUCGCUAUCAAAGGAACCUCCGCUUUCCUUAAUUUCCCCGAAUUAGCCGCAGUGCUUCCACGACCAGCCACCACUUCCCCCAAGGACAUUCAAGCCGCAGCCGCCAGAGCAGCUUCAAUCAAUUACCACCAAGCCCAAGCCCAAGAAUCAUUAAAUUCAUCGUUAAUGGGUGAGGAUGAUGCAUUCUUCGACCUACCUGAUCUCUUAAACAAGAGUGCAAGUAAGUUUCAUUACUUCACGCCGAGCUUCUUGGCUGGACCCGAACAUCUAGACUCGGGUUUCCGCCUGGAACACUCUUUCCCAUGGGACUCUUCCUAA